CCGUCUGAUGAGAUUCAGCAGCGACUAUUCAUAUCUCUGUGGGCGAAAAUUAAGGGAAAAGCUAUUAACAUCAAACGACAUACAGUGAAAAGUCUGGAAAAAGCCAUUUUCAAAGAUAUUCAGAAGCAGGGUGUAGCUGUAGGAACCCCAGAGUGCACCAAGACGCUCCAGUCCUCCAGGUGGAAAGAGUAGUGGAAUAUUUGGUGAACCUGAGCCUGCUGCUCAACCACAGAGACCCAUACCUCCAGGUGGACCAACCAGCAACAUAUUUGGGCCUGCAGUCACUGCACCUGCACAAAGUCCAAGCCAAAGCCACCCAAAUAAGCCAAAGGUGUCAUUAAUGUUGUAUGGAGGACGUAAGGUACACUCCUCUUAAUGAGGUACUGACUCUGGGCUUCGGUGCAAGGUUACAUGCUGCUAGAGUUUCAUGAAAAUGAAAACACUGUCUGUCAGCUAGUAUUGUCCUAAAGCCGACCAGUGCAGGAGGUCCUCUGGUCAUCUGUCACUAACAAAAAGAACAACAAGAAGUUGAUGGAAGACGGUGUCAUGCAGUUCUGUCUGUGCAAGCUACGUACCCACCAGUGGUGCUUCCUCUUCUUCAAUGUGCUGCUCUUCCACUGCUUGUUAUUUGGGGCCGAUUUCAUCGAGGAGUACCUGCUGCAGCCCACGCCUGGGGUUUAUGCUGAUGGCACGGUUGUAGGCGUGAGAGAGAAAGCAAGGAAACUGGACCUGAGCAACGCCAAGGAAAAUGUGUCACAGGCUUAUCCUAUCACUAACCCUGAUGCCUGCAGAAACUCUGACCUUUUCCUCCUCACUCUUGUCUUCAGCUCUCCAGAUAAUAUCACCCAAAGAGAUGCGGUUAGGAGGACAUGGGCCAAUCAAACACUGAUCCAAGGGUUUCCAGUGCGGAUACUGUUUAUCAUUGGAUCAACUCAGACUUCUGCUGCACAGGAGGCCCUCGUGAGAGAGUCUGAACGUUAUGGUGAUGUGGUCCAAGGUCAUGCUGCAGCUGACUCAUCCCUCCAUGGCCCAACAGAGAAGACAUUGCUGGCUAUCCGCUGGGUGAUCACCUUCUGCCCUCUGGCACGCUUUGUCCUGCUGACCAAAGAGUCUGUGUUUGUCAACCUUCCUGCCAUUGUAGGCUAUCUGCUUGGCUUACACAGGCACCCUGAGGACCUUUAUCUGGGCAGAGUGAUCCAGAGAGACUCUCCCAACAGGGAUCCCAAUAGUCCUGGCUACCUGCCCCCAUCUCUCUACCCAAACAAAUACCUUCCUGAAUACUGUGAAGGGGCAGCUUACAUUCUGUCCCAGGACGUGGUCCGAAAAGUGUACGUAGUAUCUGCAGAAGUCCGCGCACCUGUGCCAGCUGAUGUUUUUGUGGGACUUUGUGCUAAGAAGGCCGGUGUUGCACCGACACACAGUGCCAGGUUCUCAGGAGGAAAACACAUCCGCUACAAUGCCUGCUGUUACCACUAUAUGUUCAGCUCAGCAGGAAUGGGGAGCCAUGAACUAGACAGAGUGUGGACUGACCUGAGACAGAGGGAUAGAAAAUGUUCGCUGUUGCAGACCUAUUACGGACUGGUGGCCUGCAAAACCCUCACCUAUCUGGAUAAACUGUCCUUCUUCAACUCACAGGAAGGCAAUUAAUUAAUUAUAUGGUUAAUUAUCAGGGAUCGUGAGGUGUGUAUAGUAGUACAGACAACGUGUAAAAUGCAUGUAAAGAAAAACACAGGGUAAAUCUGACUUCUAAUAGGAAAGUGCAUGACUUUUUUUUUCUAUUCACCAUUAGAAUUGUGCACAUGAUUGAUUAAAAAAAAUCAAUCUAUGGUAUAUUCUUGUGGAUAGCAAUGCAAGUUUGCAAAAUCCAUCCAUCCAUCCAUUCUCUUCCACUUGUUCUCAAGUCAAAGUAUGUUGGGACUUUUUUCCUAAAGGCUGGAUGAUAGGUAAUGGUGACAGGCGGUUUAAACCAUAAUGAGUUUUGUUAUCCCUGACCUUUUUAAGUUUUUGUGCCUGUUUAGAUAUGUAUCUGGUCAUUAUAAAAGCAUGGUUGUAAAUAUUAAAAGACAUA